CAAGCGCGUAACAUAUUUACUUAAUCAGUGUAACCUCUGGCUUUCGAAAAUUUUUCGUCGCUUCUCAUGCAGAUAAUAAGAAGUGUUACAAUUAUGGACGUCAAAAACAAAGUGGCAAUUGUGACCGGUGGUACCAGUGGAAUCGGCUUUGCUACCGUGCAGGCGCUCCUCGAGCACGGUGCCAAGUACGUAGCGAUUUUCGAUCUCGACUCUGCGCACACCCGGGCCGCGUUCUGCAUACGCAAAAUAGAGGAGCAGUUUGGAAAGGACAAAGCCGACUUUUACACGUGCGAUGUCACGAUAGAGAGCGAAUUUGCAGCUCGCUACGACGAGAUUGUUGGGAUGCAGAGAUCAGUUGACAUAGUCGUUAACUACGCGAGCAUCGUCAGCGAGAGACGGAGCCAACAUAUGAUCAACACAAACUUGACGGCCCUGAUUAGUUGCACGCUCAUAGGAAUAGAUCGCAUGGGGCGCCACCACAAUGGCAAAGGAGGCGCCAUCGUUAACGUGGCGUCGAUUUUCGGUCUCAGGCCAUCAGCGGCUUUCCCGAUAUACACGGCCACCAAGUACGGCGUCGUAGGCUUUACCAAAGCACUGGAGAAACACCACGAGAACCUCGGAGUCCGAGUGAUGGCGAUGUGCCCGGGCAUCACGGACAGAAGCGUCCUCCAUCAAAACCUGAAGCAAGAAGUUCUCGGCUUCGUGCCCGAAAAGUUUUUAGACGAGACCUUCGAGUGCUCCAAGUACAUACAACAGCCGGAAAACGUCGGCGAAGCGAUCGUGAGGAUGAUAGCGCAGGCGGAGGCCGGAGCGAUUUGGGUGUCCGAAAACAAGGAGGCGCCGAUCGCGAUCAAGGACCCCUCGCCCUACAGAGACCGAGGAGUGAAAAUCUGACGGGGGAAUGAGCGAGCCAAAAUCAGUACUUACUGUCUAUCUAUACAUAUUUAUUGAGUCCAAAAAAUGUAACAGCUAAAUAUAUACUUUUUUUUUUUUUUUUUUUUUUAACAUCUACACAUCAUGUUAUUAUUACCUAAUGUAUAAAGUCGUAGUUGAAAAGUC